UUCGCUCCAAGUUCCCAUCCUCAAAACACACUCUAAGCAAAGAAAGCAAGCCACUAGGGUUUUAAGAGAAGAUCAAAAUGGCUUCAAAAAAAUCAGCUUCCAUGGCCUUCUUUUUAGCACUCAACAUUCUCUUCUUUUCCCUAGUCAGUGCUUGUGGCUCUUGCUCUUCACCCACCCCUAAACCAAGGCCAAACCCAAACCCCAACACCCCCACCCCUACUCCAUCCGCACGAGGCAGGUGCCCUAGAGAUGCCCUCAAAUUAGGUGUAUGUGCCAAUGUGCUUAACUUAGUCAAUGUCACCGUUGGUUCACCUCCAGUGAUGCCAUGCUGUUCCCUUCUCAAUGGCCUUGUCGACCUCGAAGCUGCUGCUUGCCUUUGCACUGCUAUUAGAGCUAACAUCUUAGGCAUCAACCUUAAUAUCCCUGUUUCUCUUAGCUUGCUCCUCAACGUUUGUUCAAGGAAUGUUCCAACUGGGUUCCAAUGCUAAUUAAGUCAUCACUUUUCCCUCCAUUCUUUCUCAACUUCCUUAUGGUGUUUGUGUGUUUGGUUUUUUUAUAAAGUUAUGAUGUCAUAACUCCAUUGUUUUAGUUUGUAUCAUUGUUGCUUUAAUUUCCUUGGGAGAAUUGAUACAGAAUAAUAUUUUUCUUCAAA